CACCCCGGCCCUCCGUCAGUGGCCCGCCCGGGAUUGGGCGCCGAGAAGCCGAGUCCGAGGGAAGCGGGAGCGGAUCUCUGGUUGGCGCGUCCCGUGAGCCGCCCGGCGCUUAGCUUAACUGGGGCGGCUACAGCAAACGGGAGGCUCGGUGCGGUGCAGCAACCGUGGUUAAGGAAGCGGCCUCGGUUCUCCCUUCCCCGCGGGACGUCUGUCCUCUCGCCCGGCGCCGAGCCUUGGACGGCCCCGAAAUUCCUCGGCUAGAAGGGACGGGAGGGGCCCCGGCGAUGACAGGGAGGGAGCCAGCGGGGGCCCUGAAACGCUCCCGCCCCCUCCGCCCAGGCCCCAAUCAGAGCGGGAGCUCCCCACGUGGGAUCCCUGCGCGGUGAUUGGCGCAGAGUGGCGAGGACACCCUCCUCCCGCUCGCCUCGCUUCCCUCUUUCUUCCUCCGGCCGCCGCCGCCGCCGCCGUUUCCCCCCCACGCGCAGCUGGAGCGGAGCCCGACGGUGCGGGGCAACCUGGGAAAGGAGCCGGCGCCGCUUGCGCCCCGCCCGGACACCGCCGCUGCGAGUGCGCGCGGCUCUCCGGCUUGACUGAGCGGCGCCGGAUCGGGAUCGGGCCGGCGAGAAUCCUCGCGAGCCUGGGGAGCUAGGAUGCCUGGGAGCGGCGGCGCAGCCAACUCGGCCGCCGCCCGCCCGGGGGAAGGUCGGCCGCCGCUGCCGCUCCACCCGGAGGAGAAGGACGACGAGGAGGCACGCCAGGCUCCCGGGGUCGGCGGGGGGGCGUGAGGGGGCCGCCGGGUGCUGAGCCGCCCGCGCUCGCCUCUUUUGUCCCGGCUUCAGAGGAGUCCUGGUUCCCGUGGCGGUGGGCCUGCUGGGGCGGGCCAUGUAUCCGCAGGGGCGGCACCCGGGCCCCCACCAGCCUGGACAGCCUGGCUUUAAAUUCACAGUGGCUGAAUCCUGUGACAGGAUUAAGGACGAGUUCCAGUUUCUGCAGGCCCAGUACCACAGUCUGAAAGUGGAGUAUGACAAGCUUGCAAAUGAAAAGACGGAAAUGCAGCGCCACUAUGUCAUGUACUAUGAAAUGUCUUACGGGUUGAACAUUGAAAUGCACAAGCAGACAGAGAUUGCCAAGAGACUCAACACGAUUCUUGCCCAAAUCAUGCCUUUUCUAUCACAAGAGCACCAGCAGCAAGUGGCUCAGGCAAUUGAGCGGGCCAAGCAAGUGACCAUGACGGAGCUGAAUGCCAUCAUUGGGCAGCAGCAGCUCCAGGCCCAGCACCUCUCCCACACCCCUCACGGGCCCCAGGUACAGCUGCCGCCUCACCCAUCAGGCCUGCCACCCCCAGGAAUGCCCACUAUCACAGGGAGCAGUUCGGGGCUCUUGGCCCUCGGGGCCUUCGGCAGCCAAGCACACUUGGCUGUGAAAGACGAGAAGCAUCUGCACGAUUUGGACCCUCGAGACCGUGACUCCAGUGCGAACACCUCCAUUUCCCCAUUGGAGAGCCUGCGUGCCGGCGAGAAGCACAGGGGCUGCUCAGACUAUGCCGGCAUUGAGCCCAAAAAGCGGAAGGCGGAGGAGAAGGAGGGCUUGAGCCGCUAUGAUAGUGAUGGUGACAAGAGUGAUGACCUGGUGGUCGAUGUCUCCAAUGAGGAUCCGGCCACCCCCCGGGUGAGCCCCGCCCACUCACCUCCAGAGAAUGGGCUGGAUAAAUCCCGUGGACUGAAGAAGGAUGCCCCUAGCAGCCCAGCCUCCAUUGCCUCCUCCAGCAGUAUCCCUUCUUCCAAGACGAAAGACCAGAAUGAUAAAUCCUCUACACCUGGUUUAAAGUCCAACACUCCCACGCCAAGGAGUGAUGUACCAACGCCUGGGACAAGCAGCACUCCAGGCCUCCGACCGGCGCCAGGGAAGCCCCCUGGAAUGGAUCCCUUGGCAUCUGCCUUAAGGACCCCCAUCUCCCUCGCUAGCUCUUAUGCUGCCCCCUUUGCCAUGAUGGGGCAUCACGAGAUGAAUGGUUCCCUUGCCAGCCCUGGGGCCUAUGCAGGAUUGCACAACAUCCCCCCUCAAAUGACAGCUGCCGCCGUAGCCUAUGGCCGGUCACCCAUGGUGAGCUUUGAAGCUGUUGGCUUUGACCCCCAUCCACCAAUGAGGACGCCUGUCCUGCCCUCCAUUUCUGGCGGCAAACCAGCUUACUCCUUCCACCUCAGCACAGAUGGGCAGAUGCAGCCGGUUCCCUUCCCUCAGGAUGCCCUUGCUGGCCCUGGCAUCCCCCGCCACGCCCGUCAGAUCAAUACCCUGAGCCAUGGUGAGGUGGUGUGUGCCGUGACUAUCAGCAACCCUACCAGGCAUGUGUACACAGGGGGAAAGGGCUGUGUGAAGAUUUGGGAUAUCAGCCAGCUGGGCACCAAGAACCCCGUCUCCCAGCUAGAUUGCUUGAACAGAGACAACUACAUCCGUUCCUGCAAACUCCUUCCAGAUGGGCGCACACUUAUUGUGGGGGGAGAGGCCAGCACCCUCACCAUUUGGGAUCUGGCUUCCUCCACCCCCAGAAUCAAGGCAGAAUUGACCUCCUCCGCCCCUGCCUGCUAUGCCUUGGCCAUCAGCCCAGAUGCCAAAGUCUGCUUCUCUUGCUGCAGUGAUGGGAACAUUGCUGUCUGGGAUCUCCACAACCAGACCUUGGUUAGGCAGUUCCAGGGUCACACCGAUGGUGCCAGCUGCAUCGACAUCUCCCACGACGGCACCAAACUCUGGACGGGGGGCUUGGAUAACACCGUGCGCUCCUGGGACCUUCGGGAAGGCAGGCAGCUCCAGCAACAUGACUUCACCUCCCAGAUCUUCUCGCUUGGCUACUGCCCAACAGGCGAGUGGCUUGCAGUCGGAUUGGAGAGCAGCAAUGUGGAAGUGUUGCAUCACACGAAGCCUGACAAAUAUCAGCUGCACCUGCAUGAAAGCUGUGUCCUCUCCCUGAAGUUUGCCUAUUGUGGAAAGUGGUUUGUGAGCACGGGUAAAGACAACCUUCUCAAUGCCUGGAGGACCCCAUAUGGAGCCAGCAUCUUCCAGUCAAAAGAAUCAUCUUCCGUUUUAAGCUGUGACAUUUCAGCAGAUGACAAAUACAUUGUCACAGGUUCGGGUGACAAGAAGGCCACAGUUUACGAAGUAAUCUACUGAGUAGCUAUGACUUGGCUAAUGACUCUGGCAGAAGAACGCAAAAGGAGAGCAUCUGAAGAAGGGUCCUUUGAUGCCCUCUGGAGGGCUUUAUGACCUGGUUGGAUCUUUUGGAAGGGACUUUGAAGCUCAAUCCAGCUGAUCAGUGGCAACGCAUUGUCCAUGCUGGUUUGUGUUUUUCUCUUGGUCCUUAGGCCUCACGCCAGUGAUCAGAAGGUAGCUAACACCCUGGAUGUGCAUUCAGGAGGGGCCCCGGGGUCUCCUUUCCCCAUCAGACUUGUAGGAACUGUAGAUAACAGGAGCUUCAUGCUGAGGCUUCCUUGGUCUGCUGGUCAGCAGCGUGUUGUCACCCUCUUUGAUUUCUGCUGCUGCUUCCUUGGUCUGCUCUUGCUGUGAACUGCUUCUGUUUGGCUUCCAUUCUGGUGGUAGCCACCAUUAUUUUUCUCCCAACCCUCCCCUCCCUUCCCCUUGAAAAUAUGCUUGGAGAUACUCUUACCAGCCUCGUGACCAGCCUGAGCAAAGGUGUCCUCCAUGAAAUGGUUUUUUCUCUUGGAUGUGUGAACUGGUUCUUCUGGCGUUGAGUCUUCUCAGGGCCAGGUUUGAGCCGUCAGCUGGACCCUUCUCUCCUGAUUCUGAUGGCAGCGGAGAAGUUGCCGUUUCCAAAGCACUUGUCAGUCGGGGCAACAGAAUGCCUUGCCCCCCUCCCCCAGUGGGCCCUUGCCCAUUGCAGCCUUCAGACCCAGACACUGAGAGGACGGGGGGGGGGGGUUUGGGGACGCAACCGUUAACUAAUAACGCUCAGGGAGCAAAGAAAUAGCAACUUGUGGUGGGUUUUUUUUUUUUUUACUCCAAUGAAAAUUAAGUAAUAGAUAAUAAUGUUUAAAUGCAGGUUGUUUUUUAAGUUGACUAAUGAACAUGGUUUUUUUAUGGGAUGGUGGACAGUGGGAUUUCUUUGGCUUUUGGCAAUCUGUGUUUCAGCCUGUUGGCCUGAGUGAAAGUUGUAUGUGGGGAAGGGAGCAGGGAGGGAGACCCGUUUCUGGCAUUUUUGUACUAAAGGAGAAAAUAAAAUUAAAAUUAAACACAGGAAAUUACGUAUUUGUGUAGCAGAAAAUCUUGCCUUGUAAUGUAGCAUAUGAAAAAGAAUUUUUAUACCACAUUUUAUGGAUUAUUUUUUAAUUGUUGAUUUUGAUCUGGUUUUUAAAAAGGUAACUGUAGCUUGAUGGUGAAAAAACUACCUGUUUCUAUUAAAGGCCCUGCUGAUACACAAAG